GUGGCUUCGUGCGUGGAGUUCCUGGAGUAACGAUGGCUAGACCUGGGCGCGCAGCCGUGGCGACCUCCCGGUCUGCGGGUCUUAGAGGCCCCGGACAGCUGCACGCUCGACGGCAGCAGCAGUCGCACGGACAGCAGCGCUCUGCCUCAUGGCCGGGACAGCGCAGCAAAGAAAAGAAGAAAGUGAAUUGCAAGCCCAAGAACCAGGAUGAGCAAGAAAUUCCUUUCCGGCUCCGAGAGAUAAUGAGGAGCCGACAGGAGAUGAAAAAGCCGCUGAGUAACAAGAAGAGAAAGAAGGAGGCCCAGGUGACUUUCAAGAAGACCUUGGAAAAGGAAGCAAAGGGAGAAGAGCCAGACAUCGAGGUCCCCAAGUUCAAGCAGAGGAAGGGGGAGUCUGACGCGGCCUAUGUCCAUCGCAUGGAGCAGGAGACCCAGCAUGUGCUGUUCCUUAGCAAGAACCAGGCCGCUCGGCAGCCAGAGGUGCAGGAGGCUCCCAAGAAGGAGAAGUCUGAACGGAAGAAAGCCUUCCAGAAGCGGCGACUUGAAAGAGCCCAGCAGAAAAAGGAGGCAAGAGCGGUGGACAGACUGGAGCAGGAGUUGCUGAAAGACACUGUGGAGUUUGGAGAAGUUGUGCUGCAGCCCCCAGACCUGACAGUCCAGCCCAGAAGGAGCACAAGCAGAGAUGCCCCUGGCAAGAAAUCGCUAAUGCUGAAGAUGCUUUUGGGCGCUGGUGGUGUGUCCCCGACUCCAUCCACCUCACUGGCCCGCCAGCGGAUCCUGGGGGAAGAGCGGGAACGGGCUGUGCAGGCGUACAGAGCCCUGAAGAAGCUGCAGCGGCAGGAAGUGACGCUCGCACAGCCACCCGGCAGCUCUUCUCAGAGAAAGCGCCAGACUUGUCCAUGACUCGGAGACCCAGGGGUCCAGUCCCCUGGAAACUGACCUGAAAAGGGGAAAGACCACAGAUGCUCAUCCCUGGAUGGGGGCCUGAGCACACACUUUCUUUAUGGGGCUGGGGUGCUUUUCUUUCCCUGCCCCCGAAAGAUCAUCCUUCUAAGAGUGACCACCAAGGAGUUCCAUCUCUUACACGGCAAGUUCCCCCAAGACUUGCCUGAGACACGGAUGGGACGGGUGGCUGGUGUUUUCCCUUUGCCUAGCUUCACUCCGAGACAAGUCUCAGGACCACCAUAGAAAGGACUCAAUCCCCUAAUCCGGCUGAUUACUGAAGCAGCUGAUGUAGGUCAGCCUGUUGUCUUAAGAGGCUCCCCAGGGUUCAGUCCAGUGCUAAGCAGGUUAACAGGACAGUGGAAGAGCAGAUACACCUAGGGCAGGUGUAUCAGUCAGGUGGCUGGCAGUCAGCACUGUAUUUGCCUGCUGGGGUCUGUACAAGAGACAAGAGCCCCAGUCUGUUUGGUUUGAAUAGAGAUGGGCUGUCAGUACUGGCUGAGCUCAUUGAGGCAUACACAUAAAAACCAGAUUUCAGUGAUAGGAAGGGCAGAGUAGUGUCAAGAAAGCAGGUCCAUGUCCUGCGUAACAGGCCUCUGGGAAUAGGGCAGGCCUUCAGAAAGGACCAGGGAUGGAAUCUGGUUGAGUGUGUUUCCCAUAGUACCAAAAGAGGGAGGACAUGAUGCUAGCUCCUGAUGAGAGUGAGAAGUAGAGCUUGAGACUCAUCCAACCUCCGGAGUGUGGUACUGCCCUAUAAUCCCGCACCUAGGAGGUAGAGGCAGAAGAAUUGGGAGUUCAGUGCCAGUCUUAGUCAUGAGACUUUUUAAAAAACAAAACAACUCAGCCGGGCAGUGGUGGCGCACACCUUUAAUCCCAGCACUCAGGAGGCAGAGGCUGGUGGAUCUCUGUGAGUUUGAGGCCAGCCUGGUUUACAGGGUGAGUUCCGUAACAGCCAGAGCUGUUAGAGAAACCCUGUCUUGAAAAACAAAAACCUCGUGUAGACAUCAAAUGAGCUAGGCUUGGGCCCUGCUGGGGAAGCACACAGCCUCUGGCAGACCUUCCAGGAGCUUCCUUCUAGCAAAGCAGCUUGGUGCCCACACGAAGUGCUUUCACUUGCUUUUCCAAAUUUGUAUUUUCCAGUGUGAAGUUUACUAACGUCUUGCUCUCUUUGAAGUCUGGACUGUGGCUCUCUGAUCCAGGGACUGAAUGCUUAGACACACGCACCAGUACAAGGGCCAGAAGCAAGCAAGUUGGAUGCAUUGGGAACUUGAUUUCUCACUAAGCAUCUGCCAGGGCCAAGAGCCACGGUUAUUUGAGCUGUAGGCUUUUGUGUUCUUCUCAGAGGCAAUGUAACUGUCCAAUUAAGGCACAACUGGCCAAUUCUGUAGCCAGCUAAACUGCAUUAAAGAGCUCUGGCUAACCCUCCCUUAAAGAGGCCACACUUGCACACUUUGGGUAUGUCUUUCUUUCUGUAACUUCUGUUAAAGAAGCCCACAUCCAAGCCUUUAUGUAAAAAAAGAAAAAUGUAUCGCAUAUUGAGUGUUCAUGCAAAUUGCCUGGAGGCCAGAAAAGGGCACCAGAUCUCAAUAGCUGUGAGCCGUGGUUGCUGGGAAUUGAACUCAGCCUCUGGAAGGGCGGGCAGUGCUCGUAACCCUUGAGCCAUCUCCAACUCCUAAGGUUUUUUUUUUUUGGUGCUUCUCUUCGUCUAAACACACUAAAUAAACCCCAGCUCUGCUGUA